AGAAGCCUCCAGGAGUUGAUCCCUCUUGUGUCUAGCUGACCCUCAACAAGCCACAGCACAGUGGAAAACCACAGUAUUAUAGUACAAGCUUUGAGGAUUACUUCUUACAAACAGGACCGUGUGUUAUGGCCUAUAAAACAAAGUACACUACAAUAAGGUUUUUCUGGAGAAGUAUGGCUACCUCCAUCAGGAUAACCACAUUCAUGAUGCAGCUGAGAUGCUGUCUGCUGUCAGCGACUUCCAGUGGUUGUCCCGGCUUCCUGUCACAGGUGAGCUCAAUAGCGCCACCUUGCAGCAGAUGGCAGAGCCCCGCUGUGGGGUGUCAGAUGAGGGCAGCCAGCAGAUCUGGGCACAGAGAGUGAACUCCAUCCUACCUGUAAAGGGUGCUACUGUUAGGGGCCGCAGAAGGCGCUCUGCUGUCAAAGCUGAGAAGUGGUACAAACGCCAUCUGACCUACCAGAUAGUGAACUGGCCUCGGCACCUUUCUGUUGCCUCUGUGCGGAUGGCAGUGCGCGCUGCCUUCCAGCUUUGGAGCAAUGUGUCGGGACUGGUGUUCCAGGAAGCCCCUGAAGGUCCCGCAGACAUCCGUCUGGCCUUUUACGACGGAGACCACAACGAUGGAGCCAGCAAUGCCUUUGACGGACCAGGAGGAACUCUGGCCCACGCCUUCCUUCCACGUCGGGGGGAAGCCCACUUUGACAUUGCAGAGAGGUGGACGCUUAAUGGACACAAAGGACACAACCUGUUCAUCGUGACAGCCCAUGAGAUCGGACACACUUUGGGACUGGAGCACUCACCUGUGCGUCACGCCUUGAUGUCGCCGUACUACAGGAAGCUGGGACGCAGCCUGGUGCUGAGCUGGGACGACAUCAUCGCUGUGCAGCAGCUGUACGGUAAGCCAUCAGGUGACCUCCCUAUCAGGCUGCCUGGCCAGGUUCUGCACGCUGCGCUGCAGGAGUGGGAAUCCACAGAGCUUCACAACGUGCAUCAAACAACAGGGCAGCCACUCUACUGUCAGGGUGUCUUCGAUGCCAUCACUAUGGACCAGAACAAGACUGUUCUGGUGUUUCGAGGCAGUGUGUACUGGACAGUAUCAGCUGAUAAUGUUGUGAACGGCCCACUGCCUCUCCGUCAGCGAUGGUCUGACCUCCCUCCGGCCAUAGAAGCUGCAGCCUUCUCCUCGCUGGACUCCAAGUGGUAUUUUUUCAAAGGGAAGAGGAUGUGGCGGUACACAGGCAGCAUGUUGGAUCCCGGCUUCCCCAGGAAGAUCAGUGAGCUGGGUCUACCUCGCCACCCUGACUGUGCCUUCUUCUAUGCUCCUCUGGGUCACAUGGUGGUAUUCAAGGGCUCCCGCUACUCUGUGCUUAAUCUUCAAACCCUGCAUCAGGAGCCCUACUACCCCCGCAGGCUGACUGACUGGACAGGUGUGCCUCAGGGGACAAACGGGGCACUGACCCGCCCAGACGGACGCCUCUACCUGUUCAGAGAACAGAACUUCUGGAGGUUUGACCCCAUCAAGGUGCGGGUCACAAAGGCGGGACAGUGGGCCAGGGAUCUGGGCUGGACUGGUUGCAGCAAUGCUCCUCAGGGCAACAACAUCCUUUGACCAGCAGAGGGAGCCAUAAGCCUUUCAAAUGUGCAAUGUGGGGACGUGAACUGAAAUAUAAAGGUGCUGUAAUGUUUUCAGCCAUUACUGUGAUUACAUGUUACAAAGGGAGCCAAGCUCUAAAAACUCAUGCCAUGAAGGGAUUCAACAAAAAUGCACUGAAUGAGUUUAUGUUGAAAACCUGCAGUAUUUGCUCUGCAGCACAAUGGAUACUAUAUGGAUCCAGUCAAAGGUUCAUUAGUACAGGUAACUUUAAGGAUGAGCAAACUGAUGACUGUCUUCAGGUUGGGACUCUGCUUUCAAAAACACCUUGUCUCGUAGUAUUCACACACUGUAGAGAAACCACAAUUUAUCUGUUAAAUCAUUCCUUCUGCAAUGUCACUGACAUAAUGUAACAUAUUGUAUAAAUAUAUUUUACUUACCUUGGCCUGUAAUUGUCUGUUCCUGUUGAAUUGAGUGCUGUAAUACUCACAGUGCACUUUGUGUCAUGUAUUAAACCUCAUUUCUGAUACGCUUCUUUCAAACAAGGAAGUUCAGGCAUAAAUCCAACUGUUUGAACAACAUGACAGCUGAGCACAUCAUAAGGUACAGACAAGCAGUGCAGGUGGGCGAGCCGUGUAUCACGAUCGCUGAUGAAUUGUAAAGGUUAUCCCAAAGCUGACUGCUGUGUCAAUACAGUGAUGCAUUUAAGGAUACAGUUGUAGGGGAAAUGAUUCAACUGUUUGCAAAAACUGCUUUCAAAGAUUAAAUUAAGUCCAACUUGGAACAGUAGUUUGGACACUGUGCGAUGAAA